AUAUAAAAAGAAAACUCAGCCUCCUGGGCUCAUGUAUAUCAUGUAGGACAACAGCCUCGAGAUCUCUCGGAUUUUUUUCUUUUCCUAUCUGUUCUCCAGUCCUCCAGGUUUUCUUCCUCCCGUUUCUCUGUUCCAAGUGGUCGUAUCCUGAAUGAUGACAAGGAAUAUUAACAGAAAGAUCAUCAGGAUGUUUGCAGAUCAGCUGCGGAGACUACCUUGGAUUUGACGAGUCAGACAUAGAGGCCUGUUCCGUUCCUGGACAAGACGUGAGUUAAUGGCAGGAUCUGCUGCUCGUUGGGAGGUACCCGACAGCCAUCAUCAAGUAAUCCUGCGCUGACAUUAUCCUCCGAAGCCUACCGCGAGUUUGGGGUCCAGUUUGCCUUGCCAUGGCGUGCGCUGUGAAGCUGCCACCCCAGGGACGAUCGUCGAGAAUCUCUUCGCCCGGCUGAGGAUUCCACACGCUCAUCCUACCCACCACGACGGGCACAUACUGGCUAGGUGUGCGUCCUCGUCGGCAGCCGGCGCAGUUGCUGCCUGCAUAUCAUUUCUGUGCCGUUUGAAUGUCGAUGGAUGUUGAAGUUGAGGUCGAAGUCGGCGGAAGUCGCUGAAGAAAUUCUGCCAAGCGCGGCUGCUCCACCGCCUUUGGCCUCCUUGUUUCAUCGUCACGAACGUCAAUUUGUCAACCUCAUGCAAAGUCGGCGCGGCGACGAGCACAAAAGGCGCUGGCGAAUGGUGGGCAUAAAAUUGCACCGGGAGCAGUGAUCUUCUGCUGCACAGCAAGGAUCACGACCUCUUCUUUCGCCUUUCCAGAGCUUGCUCCGUCCAAUCUCCCCGUAUCGUUCAGAAGAAAGACGAGCUGAUCAGCCGGCGAACCCCCCCCCUCAGGAACCAGGAACCAGGACCAAUCCUGUCAGCGUUUCUGCUUGGACACGAGCAGGUGGUUGAUUGUUGGCCCGAUGAAAAUAAUAAUAACUCUGCAGCAUGCAGAGGCCCAGGAUGGCCCUUUUGAUCUGGAUAUUCACUCCAAGCAUGGGACCGUAGUGGUGCGGAGUCGGCUGCGUCACCGCGUAUUCACACUUAUCUGCUGACAUUUGGCCUUGCAUUCUGUGUCAGACGUCCAUACCUCUUUGCGCGUGCCUAUUCGGCCAAGAAGAGACUAGAGGGUGUCUUUGAUGAUGGGAUAUUGCACUAUUCUAGACACAUUAAUGCUCCAUCAAAGGGCCGGUGGUUGACGCCUUCCGAUUGCUCCUCCACCUGUGGGGCUGUAGACAAGACUACAACCAGGAGCAGGCAAUUUCUGGCCUACUCUCACUUACGAAUCCCCCAGCCGUGGCCCGUGAUAAGAAGAUCUUCGCAAUCUUCUUUCUUUUGAACGGAGCUCCCAUGGCCUUCGGCUCGAGGCUGCGCGUUUUGGUCAAAAGUUCCGUACCCCCACCCAACUUUAAGUCAAAGUAACCACGACUCCUCCAGUUGGUUAUGGCUAUGGGCGCGCAGGGCUUGCCAUGACGAGUCAACCUCCACGGUGCUCCCAUACUCAGAAAUCUGGUCCUAUCAGAGGAGUUUGCCCUGGACUUAUCUCAGGUACCUUGUAUGAUCCACAAGCUACUAUACCCACUCCCCCUGGCCUCCCGGGGAGCUCUAUAGUACAUUCUUUCGGUCUAUAUAAUAAUCUCCCCAUUCCCUCCCUUGGCUGUCCAUUUUCUCUCAUCUCUUCUCCUUCCUGAUGAUAUAGUUGAACAGGCUUCACUUCCAUCAAAAAGGUCCAUUCAUUCUUUUCUUCUUUCUCUUUCAGUGCAAAUAUUAAUCCAGGAACAACCGAAAAUAAAAAAAUAAAAUAAAAGCACCAGCCCUCUUCAUCAAAAUGCAGUUCUCCGCCGUCAUUCUCCUUGGCCUUGCCAGCGCCGUCUCUGCCAGACCUUUCAACUGGUUCGACAUGUUCAACUUCUCAAGCAGCACUGAUCUACCAUUGCCAACUGCCACUGGUGUCCCAACCGGAACUGGCACCACCUUCACUGUCAUUCCCACUGGAACCGGCACUGGCGUCCCUAUGCCUACUGGAACCGGUACUGGUGCCCCUAUGCCUACCGGCACCGGCACCGGAAUCCCAAUCCCAACCGGAACUGGCACUCUGCCUUACCCAACUGGCACUGUCACCGACACCGUCGCUCCAUCCGGCACUUACCACUUCCCAACUGCCAUCCCAACUCCUUACAUCUAAACAACUCGGCGACAGCUAUCUUCUACCAACUGAUGAUCAUCUUAAAACAAAAAUGCGCUCGUCUCUGUUUCCCGGGAUGCAUGCCACUAACGCCAUGCCUGUCAAAAACUUGGCUUCCAAUGGGGAAAUGUGAGAU